AUGCGACCGGUUGCUGGGCCCAAGCAAGUACGUUUGAUGGUGGUGGGGGAUGCGGGCGUGGGCAAGACGUCGCUGAUUCAGCGAUUCGCCGAUGACAACUUCACCAGCAACAGGGGAAGUCACGUGAACAUGGUAACAUGUCAGAAGACCGUGGAGUUCGAAGGGAAUCAGUACGAACUAACUGUAAGAGUUUGAAGGAUACAAUAUUUGACAUUACUGCAACUUUUUUCUACUAGUUGAAGUAUUUUACUAUAUUAACAUUAUUUUCAUUGUAACGCGUAUGAUCAUAUUGCUUAAAAUUGCGCAAAAUAUGAAAAAAAAAGUAUGCUCCAAUUUUGAAAAUUUUAAAAAUUUAAAUUUUAAAAAAAAUUCUGAUAUUUAGGUAAUAAUAAGCUUUUUGGAAAGGCGUGAUACCUAAAAAACUUUUCAAAAACCUCCGAAAACUUUUGAAUCACUAAAACCUAGAAAAUGUUACCCAAAUUUGUUACCUAAACCCCUUAUAUUAUCUACCUUUAGCAUUUUCUCAGACGUUCCCCUCUAAAAUGCCUAAGAUGCCCAUUGGCAAGAAGUUUGGCGACAUUCUUAUUCCGACGUUGUAAUCCGCUUUUUACGUUGCGAUGACAAUUAUAAGAUUUACUUUAAGAUAUUGGAUACCAACCAUGAACAAGAUCCGAGAAACCGAUGCUACAUGGGCACUGACAUUGUACUGGUCGUUUAUGCCAUCAACAACUGGGACUCGUUCGACAAUGUCUCCAAAAAGGUAAUUUUACAAUUUAAGGUCUAAAAGUAAGUAGAAAAAAAUCAAAAUGAGGCUAAAAACUUACGAAGGGAUACUGCGGACUCUUUCACAAAAAAACUUGAAAAAAUAAACUAUAAAUUUAUUGUUUUCCAAGUUUUGGAAGUAAAUCAAGCUGAAACAGAAUGCCAAAGAAAAGCUAGUUUUACUUUUUUUCAAACAAAAACCCAAAGUUUGCCACAAAUUAGGUAUAAACUCACUAAUUCGAGCAAUUUACAGUACAAUUAGCCCGAAAUAACCAGACCAUCAGUUAGAUAUAAACAUAACACAAUGGUUUGUGAAUGGCGACAAAAUUCGACGUCAAAGCUCUAAUUUUUGGUCGUCAGCCGAUUGAGAAAGACUGGCAUAAACAACUUACUAGGUUGAUAUCUCCAUUUGUCUAAUUACUUUCAGUGGGUACCCGAGAUUAAGCAACGGCUGCCUCUUAAGCCCUUCAUCCUCAUGGCCAACAAGGCCGACCUCGUCGGCCAAUCACGUCCCAACCGCUACGUCUCCCAGUUCGACGGAAUGCAAAAGUGCUCGGACGAGCACGGCGCAGCGUUCUUUGAGUGUUCUGCGUUGAGCGGGGUGAGUACGUGUACUAUAAUAUAGUAUGUGAUGGUUUGUAUUGUUAUAGAGUGUAAUGGUGUAUAUUGUUAUAGAUUUACCGUAUACUUUGAGUUUGAAUGUGGUAUUAACUUUUGGCUUACUCAGUACAAGAUAUACGAUGAAAUACGAUGAUUGUCUUGUAAAAUGUUUUAGCUUUAAGUAUUAAAAUGUAUUUUUUCUAUAUUAUAUCCCAUGUAAGACUAUGUGAUGGAAAGUUGUUUUAAAUUAAUUUCAGCAUUCGUUUAGCAUCAAAGUCUUAUAUUCACCGUGUUUAAUACUUUAGGCAGGGGUGGAAAAUGUAUUCCAAGAAGUGCCAAUUGUGAUUGAAAGAGAGUUCGCUCGGCUUCUUCAGCUUCCGGUCACUCCACCUACACCAACAACGCCAUACGACAUUGCUAUGGCUCCGAUUACUUUGGCCCAGAAAGCAGCGCCGCCUUUAAUGGUAUGUUCUUACUGUAACGAAAAAACUAUUUUAUUUUAACUUUAUUUACUUUUAAUAAGGGAGGCGAAGGCCGUUUCGUCAUUUUUUAAAAAUUUAAUUUUACGACGAUAGUUUAUAAGAUACUAUAACAUACCAUGGUAUUUAAUUUUCAGCAAUGUUACGCAAACAUAAAGGAGAGUCUCUUCAAUCCCGAAGCUUUUACUGACAGCAAGAACAGUGUAGGUCUAUUUCUGUCUUCUUUCUUGUCAUUUAUGUUUGACUUUUAAAGUUUCUAUUUUUGCUUGUUGACCUGUUUAUUAGUAUUACUUUCAUUAUAACACUUUACAUAAUUGUCCCAACUUCCAGGUUUACAGUUACUACAACACUCUGCCUCCAGUGGCCUCAACUCUGGCCAGUUUCUUCCAGCCGGCUGCCAAAACCGAGCCACAAAAGGCCAAGAAGCCAGAAACUGAGAAGGGCUCGGAUAAGACACAGAAGUCGGAUUCCGACACUGAUGAAUAA